AUGGUGCUCUCACUUAUAGCCCUUGCGGCAACGGUACCUCUAAUCGCGACAUCGACCCUCAGCCUCCAAGACCAAGCCCAGCGCCAACAGGAUCAGCAUGGCAGCGGCGCAUCAGAAUCAUGGCGCACGCUCAAGCACCAUCUCAAAGUACGAGCUUCAGCCCGUGCGCCUUUUGAUGAGCGUAUGCUCUUCAUGACAGCCCGCGUGGUUCUGCGCGACGGCUUUCUGUACGUCGAAGUGGAACCAUGGGACGAGUCACCUCUUCAUCCUUUCACCGGAUACUUCUUACCGUAUCCUGAGAAGGGGUAUGACGGACUAGUUACAACGAUAUCGAAAGAUCCACCCAUGCUCAACUGGGUAUACUUGGAUCCAGUAAGCCUCAGAAUCAGGCAUGGAACGAGAGCAGUAGCAGAUUCCGACGACAACGUCACCGGCCCCUUCGAUGUUAAGACAGUGUCGGCUACCGGUGACAGGUGCACGACACUGGAGGGAUGGCAAGGAUUCAUAGCCACUGAGACGGACGAGCCUGGGUUAUGGGCGCUGAUGUUCGAUCGUAACGAUGAUGGGCUUAAAGGGAAGGUGGACAGCAGAUUCAGAACAGUGGAAAUAGAACUGGUAAGAGAGCAGAUUGAGGGAGACGAGCCGCAGGUAUCGGUUACCCGAACCGCGGCCUCUUCGUAA